GUGUGAUAAAUACAUAUCUAGAGAAUAUCAGUAAAUUAAUUGAAGAAAAAAUUCGGGCCUACAGAUACAUUUUCUGUGAAGUGAACUUUAUACUGUAUACAUUGUAAACAACAACAACAAUAAACACCCAUAUCAACUUUCUUCCUCAACUGUAGUCUCUUUCAUCAUAUAAAUAUACUGUGCCUGAGGUUCCUGUGUUAAGGAGUUCCAUAUUUUCUUCACGCAACAUUAAAGGCAUCAAAGGGAAUACCAACUGGCAUCAAAGCCAGCCAGAUAUGCCCGCACAAUAUGGAAUUAGCGAUUUGUAAAACAGAGUUGCCAACCAACAGAUUUAUGCUACCAACUGCACCGGCCUCCUUCUAUCAGAAGAACAACGCUCACUUUAGUGAGAUAUUGAAUUUCAAUACAAAUUAUUUAUUUAAUAAUAAAAUUAAUACAAACAACAAUUGUGAUAACAACAACAGCAACAAUCAUAUAAAUAGUGCCAGUGUUAGUGCAAUUAAUCAAAUAAUUAAUAAUAAUCAAAAUAUUAGUGCUAACAAUAUAAACAAUCAAAACACAAAUAAUUCAAUUUUGAAUAGCUGCAGUAGCAGCAACAACAACAGCAGUGCUAGCAGCAGCAGCAGUAUGCGUCUGAAAAAGAAUCGGCGAGUGACUUUCCUCAAAAAUCUAAUCGAGACAAAUAUUCGUAUCAAAGAAGAGCCUGAUGAUGGCACCAAAGAUCUACCACCGCCCAUAUGCAGUUUAUCUGAUAUGUCCGAUCAUGAGGCGUCAAUCGGUGAGUAAUUGUGUAGCAUAAAUAAUUUAAGCGAAAAAUACCAAUAAUAUUUCCGUAAAAAUUA